CCACAGAUCUUGACACUGUGCACAGAAUUAUACAUAAUGGCGUACCGUCUGAGGUCAAAAACGCAGUGCAUUGAAGGUAUGGUCACUAUGGGGCUGCUCACCCUCCAGACAGCAGUCCUCUUCCUAGAAGUCUCCUUGGCUGGUGCUGAGGUGCAGGAAGUGAGUGAUGACAGCAGAGACAUUCUUCGGCGAGGGCUUCCUUUCGAGGCAAACGACCAAGACAAGUUUCACAGAGACGAACUCGUGACUGCCUUGACCGGAGCCUCAAUUUGUGUCACUGGAGGAAGGUUCUUCGUCAUCAACCGGCCCUUCAUCAUAACGGUGAUAAGUGCCGUUACCACUUACUUCAUAGUGAUGAUGCAGUUCAUACAGUCCUCUGAGAUGGGGAGUGUUGCAGUCAUCGACACCACCUCAUCACCGUCAAACUGCAGCCUCGCCUAACCGUAAACAUGUGUCGCUGCUGCUCAUAUUAUUGUCGAUCAUAUAUUUUUUUUACGUAAAUUAAUGAUAUAUAGACUAAUAGAUAUAUAAAGGAAGAAAGGAAACAAAGUAAUGCAUAUAUUGAUUGCUAGAUAGAUAUAUAACUGAACUGAACAAUUCUCUCUCUCUCUCUCUCUCUCUCUCUCUGGUACAGUAAAAUGACCGUGCGUCAAGAAGUGUUUUAAGCUUAACAAAUGUACUGCCCCCAGUGCCCUUUGACUGCAGUAAUGAAAAGAAAAAAAAAAAAAAGUUGCCCUGCGUUUUCUCUGAGCGGAGGCCACCAGGAAGAGAAAUCUUGUGUAAUUAGUGACCACGAUGAUGAAAAAGAGAAGAUAGUAUAAUUGGAAGUGUUCCACUGGCUAGUGCAGUGCUCUAGAGUGCUCCUCCUCCUUUAUUCAAAUUUGCUGGCGUGUCUUGCUAUUAAUGAGAAUCACCUAUGUCCAACAAUAUA